UACGGUGCCGGCGCGCCAGCUUCUAGACCACCUGGGAACAGCGACAGGCAAUCAGCUGUUGCCUGGUAAUUCCCAACGCCAGACACAUUAGUUCUAGUUGUUCACCGAUUUAUAUCCACCAAACAUAAUCAGUCCAUCCGGCUAUAAUGUGAAAAGUUUUUUUUUUUAUGCAGUCUCCAACGCGUUGCCGGGAAACCAGCUUGACAUGAAUAUUUAAGGGGAAAAAAUCGACGCGUUGGGACCUAUUUAAUACAAGGAUAGUGCCAUGAGAUGCAGGUUGCGGGUGCUCACUUUUCUACAGACUGAAUCACGCCCACCCGGAGGAGUUGGUGGAGUAGCUGUGCAUCCAGCACUUCCAGAGGCCCUAAAUCUUCAUCUAGAGAGAGACCUUUAGAAACUCCCAAAUAUGUCUUCAGAAUCAGAUACUGAGUUCAAAAAUGAAAGUAACAGUCUCAAGGAACAUGCCAUUAGAACUGAGGCAGAUAUCGUCCAUUACCGUAUAAAGGGAGCAGAAAGAGAGAAGGCUUUACCACCAAAAGAUGACAGCCCAGUGGAAGAAAAACAGCCAAGUAAAGAAAAAAAGGAAAAUUUUCUUCAAAAGAUGAUACAGUCUUUCAGCUCACUGCUACAAUCAAAGAAGCCAGAGCAUUCUGCAUCGUCUCCAGCCAACUCUUUACCUGAGACAGCUAGUCCGAACUCCAUAGCUGAUGAAAACCUUGACUGUGUUAAUGCUCAAACAGAGGUUAAGGAUGAAACAGCUGCACAAGUUAGUGGCUACUUGAAUUAAGUUCUGAUGUUUGUGGGCUCAAGUGACCAACAUACGGAUUUCCAGUAAAACAUCCUGUAGUUUGUUAUACAGGAUUUAUCUAUCACAUAUUUUUUUAAUGGAUUUUGUUCCAAGCUUAUGGAAGAGCCACCCAGUAUGUUUGUGUUGCAUAGUAAAAUCCCAAGUCAGAUAAGUCAUUGUUUUGC